UCGCUCUUUCUUAGUGUGUUCUCUAGAUGAUAAUACUAAACAUUGAACUGCCCCGUGCUUCUAUUCAUAAGCGAGCAAUGCUUGCGGACGGACGCCAACGCGCUCUGAGAUAAAGUUAACUCGAUAAUACAUAAGUAAAUGUACACGUAUGUACAAGGAGCUACAGCAGCAAGAGCCAAAAAAGUUUUUAAGUGCCGCGGCUUUAAAAUAUCUAAAGUGAAAAGAAAUUAAAAAUACAAUUUUAAGCGCCACUCGAUUUUUUUGUAACUAAAAAAUCCAAACAGGGAAUAUGAAGGAGUUUGGCAAAUUGUUUUCUCGGGGUUAUAAGGCAGUUUGUGUAAGCGAUGAAGUGGCCUGCAGUCAGCGGCAAUCGAUGGUGACAGCUGGAUUUGGAUUGGGAACGAGACCCGAUGUAGAUCCUGCGGUAUUUUGUGCCGCUCAGGUUUCAUUGCAGCGAAUUCAACGGCGCAAGAGUCUCAAGGCAAAUCGUUCUAUGAAGCCGAUUGACAUAUUGGGCAGCUUUUUUAAUGAGCCAAUCCAUGGCAAACGUAAUCGAGUUCCAACGCGCACAAACACCAAAUGUUCCGGCGCUCGAAACUCCUGUGCGUGAAGAGAUGUUUGACUU